CAACAACAUAUGUCAUAACAAACGCUAUGCGUUAAGUUCGAUUUGUUUGUUAUUGUAACAGACAGUAACAUCGUUAGAGUAUUUUCGUAAAAUGGAUAGUAAUAAAAGUACGAAGACUUACGGUAGAGUUAUGCCCCGUGUGUAUAAUACAGCCGGUCAUAAGUCGCGUCAAAAUUUAAAGGAUAAUUCGAAUGUUACGCGCCAUCAAACUUCGUCAUCCUUGCAGCUUGGCGCGAAAACGAGCUCUUUAAACUUAGUCUCAGGUUCAUUUAGAGAACUCCCAAUUGUACUCCAUGAUUAUCAACCAGAUACACCUAAUAAGCCUAAAAAGUUAAGAUACGUCGCAAAGCCUAAGAAAACAUUGCAAUCUUUAGAUACAGUAAACUCUCCUAUUUUGACUAAAAAGUUGCGACAGAUAAAGUACAAAGUGCCUAAAAUUAAUGUACACGACUCUGCUCCUAGUAUCUUGAAACCUGAUGCAAAUGUUUGGUCAGAAUCACAUUUUCGGAAGUGUCAUUCCAGUAGGUCACAUACCAGAUUAAAAGAUAUAAAGGAUGAAAUAGAAGCUUUCGAGGAGAAUCAGAAAAAGGCUCAGUUCCGAAAAAAUCUCUAUCAGAAGUGUGGUGUUGUUUUGGAUGAUGAGGGACUGGUGGCGGCUGACAAAGCUGUGCAAGUGGAGCAGCUCGAUGACACAUUGAGGGAUAUAAGGUAAUAAGCAAAUUAACAAAAUUAAUUGAUAAUUAUUGAAAUAAAAUCGAAAAGAAUAACGUACACAAUAUAAUUAUUA